GGCGCGCGCUCCUCACAGCGCCGAGUCGAGGCUCGAGCAGCCAAGCAGACGCGCUACACAUCUCGCCGCGCCAGUAGUCCGCCGUCUUCUCGCCGAGAGCAGUCUCAUCGCGCGCCGCCGCCGACGCCGCAGCGCGCGCUCUCUUCAAACAGUUGCCGCUUCGCUUGCGAUCGACGAGAAUCUCGAGCGCGUGCCCCCGCGAGCUACGCCCGCCUUUAGAGGUAAACAACCGAUCUUUGCCGCGGCAUCUCAAAGGAAAGCGCCGAUGCACGUGGAUCGGUGCACUAGUGCUGAAUAAGUGGUCUUCUCGCGAGCGCGCGCGCGCGCGUCCCACCUGCUCGCUGCCCCCGUUCCGCAGCGCCUCUGGGAUUCCCCGAGCUGCCCGCGUGCUCGAGUGCAUCAGCGCUGGUGCUCGAGGGCUUCUUCAUCUCCUUACUCCGCCUCGUAGUCCGCACCUCAAGGCGCUUCACUCCCGCGCAAACGAGAAAAUCGGCCAGCGAACCCCUCGACUGCACUCGCGAAUCCUCGUGUGUCAAAGAACGCGCCGACCGCGACUUCAAAGGAGCACUUGUCCUAAAAAUCGGGGCUGUCGAGGGCAGCUGGCGACAUCGGCCGCGCAUCUGGCCUGGAUCGGGAAAUCGGAUGCGAACCAGGCGACGAACAGCAGCGAGCCUAAGAGCUGCAGCAGCAGAGCAGACGAGCAGCAGCAGCGGUUUCCUCGAGCCUCGGCCGCAGCUAGCCGCAUCCCAUGGUCGACCAGUCCAGCGUGGCAGCACGCCAUCAACACUACCACCAGCACGCCGCGCAGCACCAGCAGCACCACCUUCACUCGGACCUGCAGUACGACGGCCUGAGGCUGUCCGCGCCCGCGGCAGCCGCGUCGAUGCUGCAGCCGUCCUCUCCCCUGCUGGAGAUGGCCUCGCUCAGGCUGCCGGACUCGGACGAGUUCGACCUCGAGCGUAGGCGCAGCAGCGGACAGCAGUCGGCAACCGGGCUGCCCAGUGGCGAGCACCUCGGCGACCUGCGCGGCCUCGUCGCCGCCCGGGCUGAGAUCUUCGCCGAGUACGUGAACGGCUCGGUGCAGGACCUGCUCGUGCUGGCCAGUACCAGGCGGCCCUCGCCCUUUGCCGGAGGCGGCGGCCCCGCCGGCACCAUGGACGCCGCCAGCCCCGAGAACGACGACGAGAUGCAGCAGCUCGCCGGCUUCUUCAACUGCACCAACUGCAACAUCUCCGUGGAGCUCGUGCCCGACCGCUGGUACAGGCACAGCGUCGCCAUGUCCGUCGUCUAUUUCGUCGCCUACUGCCUCGUCUUCGUCGUCGGACUCAUUGGCAACAGUUUCGUCAUCGCCGUGGUCUACCGUUCCCCGAGGAUGCGCACCGUUACCAACUUCUUCAUCGUCAAUCUCGCGGUCGCCGACGUGCUCGUCAUCGUCUUCUGUCUGCCAGCGACCCUCAUGAGCAACAUCUUCGUUCCUUGGGUUUUGGGCUGGUUCAUGUGCAAGAUUGUGCCGUACAUCCAAGGUGUCUCCGUGGCUGCCUCGGUCUACAGCUUGGUCGCCGUAUCGCUGGACAGGUUCCUGGCGAUCUGGUGGCCACUGAAGUGCCAGAUAACGAAGCGCCGCGCCCGCAUGAUGAUAGUCGUCAUCUGGUUCAUCGCGCUCACGUCGACGAUGCCCUGGCUGCUGUUCUUCGACCUCGUGCCCAUCUACAGCGACGAUCCGAACCUGAAGCUCUGCCUGGAGAGGUGGCCGAACCCCGAGGACGACUCCCUCUUCUUCCUCAUCGGCAACCUGAUGCUCUGCUACGUCCUGCCCAUGAUCCUCAUAUCGCUCUGCUACGUGCUCAUCUGGAUCAAAGUCUGGCGGCGGCACAUCCCUAGCGACACCAAAGACGACCAGAUGGAGCGGCUCCAGCAAAAGUCCAAGGUCAAGGUCGUCAAGAUGCUCAUCGUCGUCGUCAUCCUCUUCGUGCUCUCCUGGCUGCCCCUCUACGUCAUCUUCGCCCGCAUGAAGUUCGGUGGUAAAAUCGCCGACUGGGAGGAGGAGCUGCUGCCGAUCGCGACGCCGAUCGCCCAGUGGCUGGGCGCGAGCAACUCCUGCAUCAACCCGAUCCUCUACGCGUUCUUCAACAAGAAGUACCGCAGGGGCUUCAUGGCCAUCCUGAAGUCGGGCCAGUGCUGCGGCAAGCUGCGCUACUACGAGACCGUCGCCAUGAUGUCCUCCUCGACCUCGAUGCGCAAGUCCUCCUACUACGUGAACAACAACAACUCGUCGACGCGGCGAGCCUUCCACGGGCCGCCCGUCCACCAGGACAGCAACGUCUCCUACAUCUUCAACCACACGGGCGUCUAGGGGUACCGGAUCGGCUCUCUCAGGCAGCCCAAAGCGUUCUGAUGACCCGGCGAGUAAAUCGAAUCGACCGCCGAGUAUGAUCCUCCCGACUCCGCUGCAGCUUGCGAACACCGCGAGAAUCGCCGGAGACGAAGGUUUUGGGGUGCAGCUCCUACGAGAGUCGAUCCGAUCUGAUGCGUGCGUGCGCAUGGGCCGUGGCAGGCCUUUGUGCGGCGCACCACGACGACGUUGGACCCGACCAGUCGAUUUUUUCCCGAAGCGACGCGCAGCAGCAUUGUCGCGUCGCUGUCGGACUCUCGGAUUCCCUUUAUCGGUAAAUCACACCGCUCGAGGCAUAUCGACCUUCGCUUAUUGAUAUGCGCGCGUUGCGCCUAUACUGUAUACCGAUUUGUCGAUGGCGUCCGGGGCGUUGGCCUCGUUCGCUCGUCUCUUUUCCUUCGAGAAGUAACGCUCACACGCGUACACACAUACACGCGCACACACACGGAUGUCUGCGUACGACCGUCUAAUUGACUCAUCACGCCUACAUCCAUACAUAUAUGUCCUUAAUUCUUUCCACGGAUACACACGACUGUCUGUUAUCGAUUGUUGUUGAGAUUAUAGUUUGCAUCUGCAGUGCGCGUGGAUUUAUCAUACGAAAACAAGAUGAAAACGAAGCCACCCAAAAACACACGAAUGUACAUACGAUAGUUCCCCUUGGUGUGCAGCUAGCGCAUCAACCGCGCCUCGACGUGUAUAUUAUUAAUACCGCUUUAUUUUCCGAACACGACGAGAGUUGUGCGUUUCGCCGUACAGAAUAGUUAUAUAUUCGCUAUAAUAGGUAUAUAAGGGUUUCACGAUAAGGCGUAUCCGUUCCCUUUGACACGCGCCCCUACUGUCCCCCGUUUCUUCCGGUGUAUGUUGAGGAGCUUGAAAUUUUCGUUUCUUCUUCGUGGAUGUUGACGCGCUUUGAUCGUGCACAUUGUUUAGACGUGUAGGUACUGUAACAAGCGAAAAAGCAGCAUAUCGCGAGGUGAGAAGAUAAAUAAGAGGGACUUAUGGCGUCGCUGCUCCUCGUGAAAAGGGAUCAGCGACAUCGGGUACAUCGGAGGGCUGAUUAAGCUUUUUGGAAAAUGCGUAAAAGCAUUUUACGAUACA